AUGCCAGCUGAAUACUGUUUAUUUUAAUGUAUUAUUGAAGGCAAAAAUGAUCAGGGAAGACUUCAUGGAGGAGGUGAGACAAUGCAGGUCUUAACAUAUGCUCAUGAUUUGGACAGGACAGUAUUGGACAGGCAAAGAACCGGCAGAGGCACUGAUACCGGUGCCGGAGUUUUGCCAGGGAUGCCUGGAGUACCACACGCGAGAGCGCCCCCUUCCGGAACCAAGUUCUUCGGGUCGGUUUCUCGUGUCUACGGGAGAGCCCUGGGCCGGCGGUACGCAGGCGCCGGCAGCAGAUGAGGGCUCGCAAAGGCUCGACAGACGCGCAUGCGUGCGGCUCUCUGGAGGCGGUAGCUUCUUCGGCGUCGAGCCUGGAGCCUGAGUGCUAAACUGUGGGGCGCAAAUGGGAUCCGGCGGUUAGUCGGCUUUGUGUUAUUCUUGGAAAAUUUCGCACCACUUGUGAAUUCCUUGAACCUGGGCAUUGCAAACCCACUUCUGUUGGGCCCAUCUCCUUUGCACUUUGCUCAGAUUAAGACUCAGUUGGCGCUGCAGCAGCUGAAUGCCAUUGCCUCACAUAGUUCAACACCACCUUAUACUUUAUUAAAUCAGGCUUUCUUGAAAAUAGCCAUGUCGAGACCCAGGUUUAAUCCUCGAGGAAACUUUCCACUUCAGAGGCCACGAGCACCUAACCCUUCUGAGAUGAGGCCUCCAGGACCAUUUAUGAGGCCUGGAUCUAUGGGUCUUCCAAGAUUUUACCCAGCAGGGAGAGCCCGUGGAAUUCCACACAGAUUUGCCUGCCAUGAAUCUUAUCAGAAUAUGGAACCACAGAGAAUGAAUGUUCAGGUAACUCAACACCAAACUGAUCCAAGAUUGACCAAAGAAAAAUUGGAUUUUCAUGAAGCACAACAAAAGAAGGAGAAGCCUCAUGGUAGCCGAUGGGAUGAUGAGCCUCAUAUAUCUGCAUCAGUGGGAGUGAAGCAGAGUUCUGUAACGCAGGUUACAGAGCAGAGUCCUAAAGUACAGAGCCGCUAUACAAAAGAGAGUGCCUCAAGUAUCUUAGCAAGUUUUGGAUUAUCUAAUGAAGACUUAGAAGAACUCAGUCGCUAUCCUGAUGAACAGCUAACUCCUGAAAAUAUGCCAUUAAUCUUGAGGGAUAUAAGAAUGCGAAAAAUGGGGCGCCGAUUACCUAAUUUACCUUCUCGGAGCAGAAAUAAAGAAACACUUGGUAAUGAGGCAGUUUCGAGUAAUGUGAUUGAUUAUGGGCACGCAAGCAAAUAUGGCUACACAGAAGAUCCACUUGAAGUACGUAUUUAUGAUCCUGAAAUUCCAACUGAUGAGGUCGAGGAUGAAUUUCGGUCACAGCCAAGCAUUUCUGCAUCUGUUCCUGCUCCAAAUGUGAUGUGUAAUUCUAUGUUUCCUGUUGAAGAUGUGUUUCGACAGAUGGACUUCCCCAGUGAGUCCUCCAAUAAUCAGUCCUUUUUCCCAGUUGAGAGUGGAAGCAAGAUGUCAGGUUUACACAUUUCAAGAGGACAGUCAGUCCUUGAACCUGUAAAAUCUGUCAGCCAAUCCAUUAGCCAGACAGUUAAUCAGACAAUGAGUCAGUCUCUGAUUCCUCCUUCUAUGAACCAGCAACCUUUUUCAUCGGAAUUAAUUUCAACUGUAAGCCAACAAGAGCGGAUCCCACGUGAACCUGUCAUUAAUUCAUCUAAUGUACAUGGAUCAGGAGGAAGUAAAAAGAAUUACCAGUCAGAGGCUGACAUCCCCAUUCAGUCUCCCUUUGGGAUUGUGAAAGCUUCGUGGCUACCAAAGUUUUCGCAUGCUGAUGCCCAGAAGAUGAAGAGACUUCCAACUCCUUCUAUGAUGAAUGAUUAUUAUGCAGCAUCUCCAAGAAUAUUUCCACAUUUGUGUUCUCUGUGUAACGUAGAAUGUAGUCAUUUGAAGGAUUGGAUUCAGCAUCAAAAUACAUCUACUCAUAUUGAGAGUUGCCGACAGUUACGUCAACAGUAUCCUGAUUGGAAUCCUGAGAUCCUCCCAUCAAGAAGAAAUGAAGGCAACAGAAAAGAAAAUGAAACUCCAAGAAGACGAUCUCAUUCUCCCAGUCCGAGGCAUUCUAGGAGAUCAAGCUCAAGUCACAGAUUUCGUCGAUCUCGAAGCCCCGUACGUUGUAUGUAUAGACCAAGAAGCCGAAGUCCAAGAAUUUGCCAUCGUUUUAUUCCUAGAUACAGAUCCAGAUCCCGUUCGCCGUAUCGAAUGAGAAAUCCUUUUAGAGGUAGUCCAAAAUGCUUUCGAUCAGCUAGCCCUGAAAGGACCUCAAGGAGAUCAGAGAAGUCAUCAGGUACGUUUACGUUGGUGAAUGAUAAGUGCUCACUGUGA